UGAAUGUCACUUGGACCCCAUUUGAAAUCGCGGGAUCUUCGGAGAUACUUUUAUGUUCUCCAGCCACAGGACAUUGAAGCGGAGGACUCCUGCCCAGGGCAUAGAUCGCCGGGAGUACAUUGGUCACCUGGUCGAUGAGUAUUACACAACAACCAACAUCGAGGCCCAGCAGCAGGUGACUGCUAAUUUGGCAAACUUUUCCUACGAUCCGAUCAACUGGCCACAUCUGCUGGAGGCGGAGGCCCUGGAUGUGUUUCUAGCAUCUCUGGAAUCCCAGGAUCAACCACUGAAACUCCAUGGAAUUGCGGCAUUGUGUAACAUUUGCUUGGACAAAACAGCUGUCAAAUUCAUCAGGGAGCAACUGCAACUCAUCACCGGCCUCUUUGUGCGCACAGAUCACCCGGAAAUAGUGCUUCACAGCCUGGCGCUUUUCUACCAACUUCUGGAAUCCGGUGCGGUUGACAAGGAUUUACUACUGAGCCCUUCGGUGCUGAGGACGGUGCAGGAGUGGCGGGUGAAGGCUCACGAUCAGCGUAUCCUGAGCAGCCGAGCACUUCAGCAAGUGCAAGUGGUUAAGCGCUUCACACAGAGCGAUUUGGAGCAGUUCGCACAGUUCACUGGCGACCACAACUACAUCCACAGCCUAGAAACACCUGUGGAGGAGCGACGGGUGCACGGGGCACUGCUCAACGCUGUUGUGGCGGGCAUUAUGGGAACCCAGUUGCCGGGACCCGGAACUGUUGUCCUAGAGCAGAGUUUCAAGUUCCUCAAGCCCUGUCGCCUUGAGACGGACACCCUAGUGACCGUGCGCCUGCUGCAAUCGCGCAAAAUCUCCACCGUGGAGUACGAUAUUCGACAGAACGACGAGGUGGUCUUUGCCGGCAGUGCAAAGUUGCUGACCCGCAGCCAAACAGACUAGACUUCGUUCAAUAAAGAUGGAUUUGUAUGUA